AAAUAACUUAGCUGUAUAUUUGUAUUGCCGUAAGUUGCUUUUUUGGAAGAAAAUGUCAUUUCAGGCAUAAUAAAAGCCGGAAAGCAAACAAGGCAACAAUAAAAUCAAGCGGUCUAAAGAACUCCACGAGGUCCCCGCGUCCACAGAGUCAAAAGGUGGAUUUAAAGCGUGUAAUUUAACUCCAAUUCAUAAGCACGGCGGAAUCCGAGCACAGCCUCGCUGGAUUCUCCUUAAAGCGCACAAAAAUACACACAACAAAAUCGAUCAAAGAGAGUAAGGAAGAAAAUGAAAAAGCUCAAAUAUUUAAAAUUAUAAAAUUUAUCUUUUACUAUGUUCAAAAAUAAAUUAUCUUUUACAGUAUUCCCUCUGCAAUUUUUUAAUUAACCAAAAAAAAAAAAAAAACCCCUCACCCCAUCAACUUCCGCUUUCUCGUUCGGGAAAAAACCCCGAAAACCCUAACUUUCUCUCGAGUAAAAUCUCCUUCUCCCUCUCUCGCUGAAUCCACCUUUCGUUUUACGUUUUAUGGCCUUUCGCGUGAGUCUGUAGGUUUUCAAUGGUGUGAAAUCGAGGCCUUAGAUUAAGAUUUGAAGGAUCGGUUUCUGUAUAUUUAGGUACAUACUACAUAGAAUAUAUAUUUUUUCAUAGAGAAAAAAGCUAUGACGACAUCUGAGAAAGAGCUGGAGCUACAGUUAAUGGAGGCUGGAAACAGGCUCGUCGAACCCCCGUCGUCAGUCGCUGAGCUCAUCCCUCUCCUUGACCAAGUUGAGAGUCGUCUUUCAAUGGUGGAACAAUCACCAAGCCAAUCAAUGCAAAAUGCACUGUCUCCAUCACUCAAAGCAUUAGUAGCAGAGCAACUGUUCAGACAUCCUGAUGAUGAUGUAAAAGUUGCAGUUGCUGCUUGCAUCAGCGAGAUAACAAGGAUAACUGCACCUGAUGCUCCUUAUGAUGAUGACCAAAUGAGGGAGGUUUUUCAACUGAUUGUGUCAUCCUUAAAGAAUUUAUCUGACAAGUCCAGCCGUUCAUUCAUUAAGAGGACCUCGAUUCUUGAAACUGUUGCCAAAGUCAGAUCGUGUGUGGUGAUGUUGGAUCUUGAAUGUGAUGCCCUUAUUGUUGAGAUGUUCCAGCAUUUCCUCAAGGCAAUAAGGGAUUAUCAUGCAGAGGCAGUCUUUACAUCGAUGGUGACUAUUAUGACACUUGUGCUGGAAGAAAGUGAAGAUAUCCCUACAGAGCUGCUCUCCCCAAUCUUAUCUAGUGUAAAGAAGGAUAAUGAGGAAGUUCUUCCUGUUGCUCGGAAGUUGGCAGAGAAAGUGCUUGAAAACUGUGCAUCAAAGCUUCAACCAUACCUAACCCAAGCUGUAGAGAACUUGGGAAUUUCUUUUGAUGAUUAUAGUAGUAUAGUUGCUUCUAUAUGUGGAGCGACAGCUGGUGCUGUAGAGCGGGAUGAUGCUGCUGUUGGAAAACUUGUGGAUAAUGAGAGAAUACCAGCAGAGGCACCUUUGGAUAACGCAGCCCAGGAGGUUAAAAAGAUUCCUAAAGAAGCAGUUUCAGUUGAACAAGUGGCCCUUGUAAAUGAAAAGACUCCUGUGCCAGUUGCUUGCAAUGGCAUUAUGCAAACUGUUGAUUCAAAAUCUGUAAAGAAGCAAGAGGAUGAUAACAUUGCUGAUAAGUCUGAGAAUGAAACAUCAACUGUGGCUGAACCUGAUUUAUUUGAAGCUGAGAAAGUGGUCGAUCCGGACCCUAAGUUAGAGCAAAGUCCCCAGGAAAAGGAGAGGAAAUCUGAUUCAAAAUUAACUGAACCUUCUGGCAGUUCUCAUGUUGAUGAGAAGGAAGUUGAGACUAUACCGGAUCGUAAACAUGACUGCAAGGAUGAUGCUGGUUCUCCAUGUCGAGAUGUGUCUGUUGAUGGGGAUAUAUCCUCUGAAAAUAGAAUAGAGACAGAUUUACAGCAUUCCUCUCCAAAAGCAAUUGAGGAUAAAUCGACUGAUGUUGCUUCCUCAACACCAAGUGGGACUGUAAUUGAUGACGGUUAUUCCAAAAGGGUAUCAAGGACAAAAAAGAAAGACAGCGUAAGCAAGGACACAGCAUGUUCUGUUGAUGAUGUCUCUAAAAAGGCGCAUUCAGGGACAAGUGAUUCUGAAGCAAAAUUAAAUAGACGAUCAGGAAAAAAGGGUUCUACUGUAGUUUCCAACGAGGACAAUGCUCCAGUUAGUGUAGAUGAAACUAAGAAAGAAAGUGACAUUGCAAGUGAUUCGGAGGCAAAAUCACUGAAGAAGUCAUCAAAGAAGGUAGAUUCUAGUGGUAACAACUUAGAUAAAUCCUCUUCAAAGCAACUGGAGGAUAAGAAUAGGCGAGCUCGGGGGAAAGUUGCUCCUGAGAAGGAUGGAACAAAAAACUCAACCAAGAAUGAUGAUGAGGAAGUGAUUGGAUCUCCAAAGUCAGUGAAGCCAAACAAACAAGAUUCUCACAAGGAGGGGACCCCUAAGACAAAUUCCAAGAGAAAGCAUAUGUCAAUUAAAGAAAAAUCUUCUGAUUCUAUGGAGUAUGGUGAGAAUCUUGUCGGCUUGAAGGUGAAGGUCUGGUGGCCCAAAGACCGUGAGUUCUACGAAGGUUUUAUUCAUUCAUUUGAUUCCGCUAAAAAGAAGCACAAGGUGCACUAUAAUGACGGUGAUGAAGAAAUUUUAAAUCUUAAAAGAGAAAAGUGGGCUGUGAUUGAAGAUGAGUCAGGGUCAGAUGAGGAAGGUGCAGCAAAUCCACCAAGUCCUGAUGGUUCAUCUGACAUGCAUCAAAAGAAGGCAAAAACCACUGAUCUCUCUAGCAAGAAAGCUAAGAUGGAUGCUUCACCAAAAAGGGGUGGAGGAACUUCGUCGGGGAAAUCCAAGGGUAGUGCCACAAAGUCUGGUCGCAAAACAAAGGAAGAUGCUAAAGUGGAUGGGAAAUCCAAAGAUGGUUCCAAGAGUGUUAGUAAAUCUGGCAAUGACAGUGUUGCUAAGUCCAAGGAUCAUAGCACCCCCAAAACUGGCAGUAAACCAGUUGACAAUGCUUCAAAAGUAGACAAGAAGUCCAAGAAUGAGGAGAGUGGUGAAACACCAAAGUCUACGAAAUCCAAGGAUGAUGGAAGUGCCACACCAAAAGCUUCCUCAAAGUUAAAGCAAGACAUCUCAAAGACUGCCAAUUCCAAGCAGGAAACCCCCAAAAUUUCGUCCCAAUCUAAGGGUAAGUCUCUUAAGAGUGGGGGCAAAUCCAAUUCUAAUGGCACUGGUAAGUCAAAAUCUGGUUCGUCAAAGGUGAAAGGAAGUGAAAGCGUGAAGGAGAGCUCAACUGAUUCAGCAAAAGUUGUGGGAAGUGUGAAGCGGAAAGCACCAAGUUUGUUGAAGGCGCAGGGAAGUGAUUCGAAGUCUGGAAAAAAGCGGCAAAGAUGAGUUGAAAGUCGCACCUGCUGCAUUGUCAUUGCCAAGGGUUGGUUCUUCUCCAAUGUGGAACUUGGGUGAAUUGUAGUAUUUAUUGUAGCAUUUGGGUAUUUGACGUAGUUCUUAGGUUUGUGGCUAGCAAAUAUUCGUAGUUAAUGCAGUUUAUAGUGGUUGUACUUUGUAGGGGUUAAGAUACCUUUUUUAUAUAGAUAUAGUUUUUUUUCCAUUUCCUUUAUUAUUGAUGCAGGCAAUAGGAUCACAUUGGGUUUAGAGUUUCUGCCUUUGUACUAAAGAGUUGCUUCUAUAGAUUAACGUAAUAGAUUCGAUUCGAGAAA